CGGCCGACGGUAGCGUUGGGUGUGUACGGAUAUUUUUGUUUCAAGGAAACGGGCUGUAGCUUUCUGUGUGAGUGUACUUACACAACUAACAAAAGUGAACAUUGUGUAUGUGUGCGUGCGUACGCUCGGGGCUCGGGCGAUCAGUGUCGGCUGAACUGCUGGUGAGGUUACAAGUGUUUAGUAUUGGAUUCUUCGCGUCAGCGUAUAGGUACCGUCAGCAUGGCAAGUGAGAAAAAAAGGAGAAAACUUAUUCGAGCUGAGAGCCGUGCUCUCAUCGCUAAAGUUUUCCACUUUCUUAGAGAUGAAUAUAAGUUCACGGAACUUUAUAAAGAACCACAUUGUGAUUUGUCUCAUUUGCGCAACAUAACCAGGCGCACUGCAGAAGCGACGGGCACAAGUAUGAGAACAGUACAGAAAAUAUUACAAGAAGAAAGACAACUCCCCAGUGGAUCUACACAAUUUCCAGCACCGCACAAAAACAGACAAAAAAGACCUUGUAAAGUAGACAUCAACGAACGUCUCGUUUAUACUAUACGAAGCUCAAUACGUAAUUCUUAUUUCAAACUUAAACAAAUCCCAACAUUAAAAAACCUGAGACAAUGCUUAAAUGAACAAAUCGGUUUCGAUGCCUGCCUAGCAACGAUUCGUAAGUUAUUACUGAAACUGGGCUAUACAUGGACUAAGUCAGACUCUGGUAAAAAAGUUUUGAUUGAACGACAUGACGUCCAAAUGUGCAGACUGCAAUAUUUAAAAAAAAUAACUGAAUACCGCUCUCAAGGUCGGCCUAUUGUCUAUACUGACGAAAGUUACGUUAUGACGAAAAAUGUUAAAUGUGACUCACGAGCUUCACAUGUAGCUAGGUAUAUUUUAGCACACGCUGGAACUUCUGAUGGGUUCAUUGAGAACGCUUGUUUAAUUUACAAAGCUAAUACAGUUAGCGGAGAUGAGUAUGCGAAGAAAAACUUUGAAUUUUACCAAAAAUGGCUAGAUGAGAAAUUGCUGCCAAAUCUGCCGGACCGUUCUGUGAUUGUGUUAGACAACACAUCGUUCGAUAAUAUUUUUGUGGAGACGCUGCCUACAAUGCAUGCAGAUAAGUCUCAAAUGGAAGCAUGGCUGUCGUCUAAUAACAUACCUUUCAAAGCUAACUUACGCCAAAUUGAGUUAUACGACUUAAUAAGACAGUAUAAAAACGCUUUUACUACAUACAAAAUCGAUAACUACAUCAGGAGUAAAGGAUUCGAAGUACUGCGCUUGCCUCCAUAUCACCCAGAACUGAACGCCAUAUUGAACAUAUGGGACACCAUUAAGAAUGAAAUCGUUACUGUCGACUAUGAUGUAGCUUACACGGAGAAAAUCAUUCGCCAAGGUGUUGCAAAAAUAACUGGUGAAACAUGGCGCAAUACCUGCAAUAUAGUAAUUAAGAAAGAAAAUGAAUAUUUGGAGUACUUUGACACCGGAUUUAUAUACAUAGCCAAUUUACAAGACGAAAGUAAAGAAGAAACGGAAUCUGAAUCUGACUCUGAGGGUGAUGAUAGUGACGACUUUGACGAAUCCACUUUUGUAGAUGAGUAAUUAAAUAAAGACUUAAAUUAAA